UGCAAGUUUGCCAAAGCAGGAGAGCCACUCACGUCAGUUCAUGCAUCCCAUUUCGGCCUAUAAACCUACUUAUAUAUCUUUUUCUUCAAAAAACCCACCACACAUGUUAUUCCUUUGUCGUACUCAUUGCAUACCCGUAUGCUUCCUGAAAAUACCAGUGGCAGGGACAAUUCAAAACAUAGCCUUUCAUCCAGAAAACCACGCAAGGUGUCGCGCUGCAAAUGGUUAUUGGCCGCGCUAGGUUCCCACCCAGCUUUUCUGAGUCAGACCUGGACGAUAGGUUCGUCUACCAUCCGAACUCGGAGAGGAAAUGCAAAGAUGCAGUGGCUAUGUGCUGUUCCUGCUAGACCGGCCAUGUCCCUCUGUAUGUAUGUAUGUAUGCAUGCAUGUAUGCCCGGCCUUGUCUCGAAUGGUGGUAUAUCUCCAUGAUUAUAGCUGUAUAUCUAGGUAGUCAACUACCACAGGAAGAAAUUCGGCUUCUGUGCCAAAUGCCGUGGGUGGGGAUCUAGGCUGCUUAAUUAUCGAUCACGUUGUGUGUCUUGCUGGAGUGUCUUGGCCAAAG